GUUCUUGGCAUAUAUAGGUCGCCUCGCGUGAACUAUACCAUUCAAAUUGCCCAAAUCCUGCAUCCUAAAGUUACGACUCUUGCACACCUGAGUGCUGCGUCGUCUCAGGCUACCUAUAGCUGAAUUACUAUAUCGCUUUCUAGGGCGUUUCAUUGCGCCAACUUCCUUUUUUACGCAGCGAACAGUUGACGCAUCUGUCCAGAGCCCAACUGCAGUUGGCGUGGCUCGUAACUUAAGCAUAGCCGUGUUGAAAUACUAGAUCUUGGGAUAAAACCUAGGCGGUCGCAUCCCGGUUGUCCACUGCCUUGACUUUGUACGUGAAGCCAGAGCGCCAUGCCGCUGGGUGGGAAGCUUGUGCUCAAGGGGGGGACGACAUUGAAGGAGCUUCAAGGUGUGGAAAAGAAGAAAAGCAAGAAGGUCAAGAAAGCCGAGGCGUUAGGAGACGGGGAUGAGGGCAACCAGCCUACAGCGGCCCCUGCCGACCCGACCAAACCCAAGCCGAUCGCACCGACGGCUGUCAACGUGAUGAGCGGAAAGACGUAUGAGGAGGAGUUCGAUUUGGAGACCAAGCGUGUCAAGGAGGGCAAGGCCCGCAGCACGCCCUGGGGCACCGGCUACCGCGCCCCGCCCGCCAUCCUGCACGGCUACACCGGCAAGGUGACCGGCAAGACAGCCGAGGAGCGGCUGGACCUCCGGUCCGCCUCCAAGAGCGAUAAAUUCUGCAAAUAGUAGUACCGGGGCUGGCAGGUGUUGGGGGUGCGUGGUUGGGUCGCGCUGCUGCUAGGAGGAA